UACAAGCACAGGGUUAUAGUCUUAGUGCUCAUUUCAUUUGGCUUUUUUUUUUUGCUGUUUUGAACAGGUUCACAUAGGAUCUCAUACUUUUAUGUAUGAUUUUGUAUUUGGAAACGCUGGCUUACCUUCUUCUCAGAUCUACCACCGCUGCGUUGCUCCUCUUGUGGAAGAUCUCUUCAAAGGGUACAACGCAACAGUUCUUGCUUACGGCCAGACUGCUUCAGGAAAAACAUACACCAUGGGCAUGGGUACUAACUUUGGAACAAGUGACGGCAUUAUACCAAAAGUGAUGGAAGAUGUAUUUACUAGAGUGGAGGCAGUCAAAUCUCAGAUACGAGUAUCUUUUCUUGAGAUUUAUAAUGAAGAGAUUUACGAUUUGCUUGCCUCAAACCCGUCAAGAGCUCCAAUUAUAAUCAGAGAAACUGCUAGUGGAGAGAUAACUUUGCAAGGCGUUACUGAGGUAGAAGUGAAGACUAGAGAGGAUAUGAGCUCGUAUCUAGCACGAGGCUCUUUCACUCGUGCUACUGGCAGCACAAACAUGAAUAUAAAAUCAAGCCGUUCACAUGCUGUCUUCACAAUAUCUCUGCAAAUCACAAGAGCUGAAGAAAUAUUGUGUGCAAAGCUUCGUCUAGUAGACUUAGCAGGGUCAGAGCGUGCCAACCGAACAGGAGCUGACGGGAUGCGUUUAAAAGAAGGGCGCCACAUCAACAGUAGUCUUCUAGCGCUGAGGAAUGUGAUCACUAUACUAGGAGAUGAGAGAAAGAGAAAGAAAGGAGUUCACAUUCCUUACCGUGUUAGCAAGUUAACUCGCUUGCUUCAGGAUUCUCUUGGAGGCAAUAGCAAAACCGUGAUUAUUGCUUGUGUAAGUCCAGCAAUUUCAGAUGUUGAGGAGACACUGAAUACGCUGAGGUAUGCAAAUUGUGCUAGAAGUAUUAAGAACAAAGCAGUGGUACAGAAGCAGAAGACGUCUGCACCAUCCUUUAUGUUCAAGGAGCUCACACCAUCAAAAUCGGAGGCAAAAAACAAAGCAGUGGUACAUGAGCAUAAGCCGUAUGUACCAUCAUUUGACUAUGAUGCUAUGUUCAAGGAGCUCACACCAUCGAAAUCGGAGUCUUUGCCGGUCUAUGACAAGCCUGUGUAUGAUAAAGAGGAUGUGUUCCAAGCUUUCUCUGAGCUUAAGAUCCCAUGGACUUCUCAAGCUGCUAGGUUUGAUGAUCUUUUCGCCUCCACCUCAUCACGUUCAGAGCUGAGGAAACCGGUCUAUGACAAGCCUGUGUAUGAUGAGGAUGUCUUUGAAGCUAUCACUGAGCUUCAGUACAAUGAGGAUGUUUUUGAAGCUAUCCCUGAGCUUCAGUGCGAUGAGGAUGACUUUGAAGCUAUCUCUGAGCUUCAAAUCCCAUCUACUUCUCAACCAGAUGAUGUUUCUUCCUCGUCACCUUCAGAGCUCAUAAAACAUAACACUUCUUCUUUGGAUGUUUCUCCCAAGAAGACAGAGAGUAAGCAAGAAGAUAAGUGUCAAAACAAACCAAUGGAGAUCAUUGAUCUCAUUGAUGAUGAAGCUGAAGAUCAAGAAAAGUGCUUCAUUGAUCUCACGACUGCUGAGUAUCACUUAGAGCUAAAGGAACUGAACAAGAGACUUGAAGAAAAGGAGGCUGAAAUACGAGGAAGUGACGAGGAAAAGGUUCAACUAGAAAAGGAGAAAAGAGCUUUGCAGAGAGAGAUUGAAGGUUUAAGACAGAAGCUUGCUAGCGGAUCAUCUGCCACACCAUCUUGCACUUGCAGUAAGAGGUCUAGCUGCAAGACACUAAGGUGCCAAUGCUUAGUUGCAAACUAUUUUUGUGUUGCGUCAUGUGGGUGUUCUUCGGUCAAAUGCUCCAACAGAAGCAGGGAUGAGAGAGUCUUGUAGCUAGUACUUUUUUUUUUUUUAAUCUUGUAAUAUAUAUGGCUUGUAGCCUAUCACAUGGUGAGUGUGAUUUAGGAUGGCCAGUAGUUGUAUUUAAAAAUGGCUAGAGAAGUUAAAAAAAAAAGUAUUUUGAUCAGAGUUAUAUGGUGAGUAGAGACUCCUGAGUUCCUUUCACUCAAGUCUUGUAACAACUUUCUAUCAUUGAAAUGCAACUUACGUUAUAUUA